AUGGCGGCGGUCCGUCAGCGGUUUUGGCCGCUGUCCUUGAGAUCAGCUGUACGCAAGAUCAUAAACAAUUGCAUUAAGUGCUUCAAGGCUAGACCUUCAAUCUCGGAAGCGGAAAUGGCCUGCUUGCCUUCUCCCAGAGUCACGGUUUCGCGACCCUUCACCCAUUGCGGAGUGGACUACGCAGGCCCGGUGACCUUGCGAGAGGGCAGACGCCGUAACUCACGUAAUCACAAGGCGUACGUAGCCGCCUUUGUAUGCUUUUCUACAAAGGCGGUACAUUUGGAGUUGGUAAGCGACCUCACCACUGACGCAUUCAUAGCUUCGCUCAGAAGGCUUAUUGCGCGAAGAGGAAGGCCUGAGCGCAUGUACUCGGACAAUACCACCACUUUUGUGGGCGCUCAGCGCCAAAUCAAAGAAUUUUAUGAAUUCUUACGAAAUGACGAGGUUCAGAAUUCUAUUAAUCGAUUCCUGUUAGAACAGCACACUACUUGGACUUUCAUUCCCCCCAAUGCGCCGCAUUUUGGGGGUCUUUGGGAGGCCGCAAUUAAGUCCGCAAAAUUUUACAUUACCAGAAUAAUCGGUGGCUCCCACUUAACAUAUGAGGAAUUUCAAACGAUAUUGUCUGAAAUUGAGGCUAUCUUAAAUUCGCGGCCUCUGCAGCCAUUAAGCUCGGAUCCGAAUGACAUGUCAUAUUUAAGUCCCGGGCAUUUUCUGGUUGGCACAACAUUGAAUAGUUUUCCACAUCCCGAUUUGACCAAUGUAAAUCUGAAUAGGCUUCAGCGGUGGCAGGUCGUUCAGCAAAUGCGACAGCACUUCUGGGCCAGGUGGAGUGCAGAAUACCUGAACUCCCUUCAGGAGCGUCAUAAGUGGAAAAGAAACAAAGGCCCGCAAUUGGAGCCUGGGCAACUGGUUCUAAUAAAACAGGCAGGGCUGGCCCCGCUGCAAUGGCUAACCGGCCGCGUGGAAUCUGUCCACCCUGGCCCCGAUGGUACGCCGACGAGUGUUACAAAUUGUUGUCGGUUAAGCACACCUUUAACGCCAGAGGUAACUGGCACGUUGCAACCAUUCAGUUUUGGAAAUAUGACCACUCAUGCGAGCGCUAGUUCUUUGUCGCGGUCGCAGCCGCAGCCACUGAUGGGCGUUGAUGUUUUAACCAAUGAACUUUUGCAGAAAUUAGUAGAACAACAUAAGGUGUCUGAUGCCAAAUUCUCAGCCUUUAUUGAGGAACAAAGGCGCACUAAUCAGGAGCUUAAUACCAAGCUCAACCAACUGAAUGUUAUUGCUGGUAAUGUGGAGAGAAACGGUCAACGUAUCUCUUCGUUAGAGCAGAGUUGUGCUGCACUUGAUGUCGGCGACAUGAGAAAAUAUCAGGGAUCGUCUGGACCGGCCUCGCACAGUCAACCUAACAAUGUGCUAAUUAUAUCGGGUGUGCCAUCCGCAAUGUCUAUUACCUCCUUGGCUCUUGUGCACAAUGUGUUCACAAAGCUUGGCAUCCCUGAGUUGUCGUGUCAUAAUUUGUAUGUUAGGUCGUUCGUGAGUCGCGUUGUGGAGAGUCUCAAAAUCGUCCUUUGCCGGUCUCUGCCUCCGUCUUACUUUUUGUCACCCUGGCCUCUGCCGCCGUUCGAGAUGUUGUCAUCUCAAAGAAGCGUGCGUGUCGUGUACUAG